AUGGCGGCGCUCGUGGCGCUGCUGGCGCUGGCGGCGGCCGCGCGCGCCUGGGUGGCGACCCCGGACACGGUGCGGCCCCACAUUGUCCAGGAGCAGCUCCUGUGGACGGCCGGCUCCGGCUCGGUCGCCGCGUUCCGGAUCCCGCUGCUGCUCCGGGCCGGGCCCCGCGCGCUCCUGGCCUGCGCCGAGGGCCGCAAGGUCUCGGNCGGCGCCACGUGGGGCCCGUCGCGCUUCGUGGCCGACGACGGCGCCGCGGGCGACGGGCUGAGCCUGGGGGCGGCCGUGGCGGCCGGGGGGGGGCGGCUGCUGCUGCUCUUCGCGCGCGGGGCCCACGGCGCCGCCCCCGAAACCUUCGUGCUGCGCAGCCCCGACGGGGGGCGCUCCUGGGGGCCGCCCCACAACCUCACCGGGCUCCUGGGCGGCCGCCUCUUCGCCCCGGGGCCGGGAUACGGCAUCCAGGUGCGGGCAGAGNNGGCGCGCGGCCGCCUCGUCGUGUGCGGCCACGGCUCCCCCGAGCGCGACGGCGUCUCCUGCCUCCUGAGCGACGACGGCGGCGCCUCGUGGCGCCUGGGCGGGACCCUGCGCGCCCUCCCCUACGGCGCCCCCGCCCGCCCCUUCGACUUCACCCCCGACGAGUGCCAGCCCUACGAGCUGCCGGACGGCUCGCUCGCCAUCAACAUCCGCAACCAGAACUUCUUCCGGUGCCGCUGCCGGAUGGUGGCGCGGAGCUGGGACGGCGGCGAGAGCCUCCCGCCCGGCGCCGUCACCUUCGACCCCGUCCUCGUGGACCCGGCCGUGGCCGCCGGCGUCGCCGUCACCGCCGGCCUCGUCUUCUUCAGCAACCCGGCGCACGAGAGCCGGCUGCCCCAUAGGGGUCCCCAUGGCGGAGAGCGGCGCGGCCCCCCAUUCGUUAUCCGGGUUCCCGGACGCCAGGGCCCCCAUUGA